UAAUUCUAGGCGAGAUAGAAUCAUUAAAAUGCAAACAGAUGUCGAAGUCAAACAAGAAGCAACAAUUCCUUUGACUUUAGAAACAGAGAUUUUGGCUCUUUGCAAUGACAACCCUAAAGGAAUCAGUGACAAGUCACUUGAAAGUGCCGUGGCGGGGUAUGAUGUCAAGCAGCGCGUUACCGCAAUCAAUCGACUCCUUACAAUGGGUAAACUGGAGUUACUUAAAGGCUCGUCAGGGUUGAUAUAUAGAAUCAAAACUCCUUCAGCAGUUGGAUCGAUUAGUGGUGUAGACAACCAGGAGAAGUUGGUGUACCAAAUAAUUGAGAGCGCGGGGAACAAAGGUAUCUGGACACGCGAGAUAAGGUAUAAAUGUAACCUCAUGCUCACUGAGGUAAACAAGAUACUGAAGAACCUGGAAAGUAAGAAGAUUAUUAAAGCUGUCAAGUCAGUUGCGGCUGCUAAACGCAAGGUCUACAUGUUGUACAACCUACAACCCGAUCGUUCGGUGACAGGGGGCGCGUGGUAUAGCGACCAAGACUUUGAAUCUGAGUUUGUGGAGGUUUUGAACCAACAGUGUUUUAAAUUCUUGCAACAAAAAUGCGAAAACGCAGAGAAGGAAACCACCCUCUCACCCACGGCGACCAACGCAAGUAGUUUUGCUUCUUCUGAGGAAGUUUUGGAAUUUAUAUCAAAACUUGGGAUCAGUAAAGUCACAUUAUCCCCCGAGGACAUAGAAACAAUAUUAAACACGUUGAUCUACGAUGGGAAAGUCCAACAAACUGUGGUUCCUGUUGCGAACGGGGAAAGUAAGAAAUUGUUCAAAGCGUUGAAACCUCUCAUUGAAACAACUGACUUCGCGAGGACGCCUUGCUCACUAUGCCCAGUGUUCAAUGAAUGUCAGCCUGGUGGAGAAAUAUCACCCGAGAAUUGUUUGUACAUGGAUGAGUGGAUGGAAUACUGAUUGGGGAGUUUAUAUCACGUUGGGGGAAUUCCCUUUGGAAUGAGCUACAAGAGAUUUGGUUGAUAAUGAAGUUGGGAUGAUUGUUGGUGUAAUAUUCCUGUUUGUAUGAUUGGACAUUUGAAAUUGGAAGUGGUUUAAGAGUGAGUAUCACAAUACCUAGUAAUAAUAUAACACUCACUCUUGUCUCAUCUAACACUGAGGAUGGCUAAUUCUUUUACUGUUAAACUUCUUUUCUUACGCGUUUCAGUUUCACUGCCACCUUAUUUCAAUCGAUGAAAAAUUUAAUAAAUUAUUGCACGUCAACAAAUAGUGUGAAUAUAAAGUAAAUAUAAUGGGAGGAAAAUUACAAAAAAAAAUAAAAUAAUUGUUUUUAAACUUUGCCAUAAGUAUGCUAUACUUAUCUGUUCCUGCUGCUUAAUUUUGUAAAUUUAUGUAAUUUGUUAGCCAGUAAAAAUUGAAUACAGAUUCGUUCCACC